AUGCCUCGAGUAUUCUUGAUCACCGGCACCUCCAGCGGCUUUGGCUCCGACUACGUCAACCAUGUCCUGUCUGAGGGUGACUACGUCGUUGCCACCGCCCGUGAUCUCUCCAAGCUCAAGUUCAAGGGCGCCACAGAUAAGAACUACAUCUUGGUCCGGCUUGAUGUGGGCGACAAGUCGUCCAUCAAGGAUGCUUUUGACCAGGCUCGGAAGAAGUUUGGCAGAAUCGAUGUCGUUGUGAAUAAUGCUGGCUACGGCCUGGCUGGAUGCUUUGAGGAGUACACCGAUGAGCAGAUUCGAAAGCAGAUGGAGGUCAAUUUCUUUGGUCUGAUCGAUGUGACUCGGGUUGCGCUAGAGGAGCUACGAAAGAAUUCACCCUCAGGCGGCGUCAUCCAACAGGUUACUUCCAUUGGCGGCCAACGAGGCGUGCCCUUUUUCUCGGCCUACUGCGCCAGCAAAUGGGCAGUGGAAGGUUUCACUGAGGCUGUGUCCCACGAGCUGAAGCCUGAGUGGAACAUCUAUUUCAACAUCAUCGAGCCUGGAGGAUUCAGAACCGACUGGGCGGGACGUAGCAUGGCCUUUGCGGACCGAAAGCUGCCCGAGUACGACCAUCUGAAUGCAAAGGAGAGCAUGACGAAGCGCCACGGUACGCAGCAGGGCGACCCUGCGAAAGCUGCCGUGGCCAUGUACGAGUUUGCGUGCAUGGGCAAGGACACGCCGCUACGCAUUGUGGUCGGCGGGGAUGCGUACAAAGCUGUCAUGAACAAAUUGGACCAGUAUCGCGCGAACUACACCAGGCAUGAGGAGCUGAGUACGAGCACGGACGUCGAUGGUUGGGAGGGCUAA